AUGAGUUAUUCGGAUGAGGAUGACAUGCUCGAUUACGAAUCAGGGGAGGGAUACAGUGAAGACGGGGACGAUCUCGGUUAUGAUGAUGAUGGUGAAGAUUCAUCCAAACUUUCUCAGCUAGGUUACGUAGUUCUCAAGGAAGAAGAUAUUCGCAAGCAUCAAAGAGACGAUAUCGAAAAAGUUUCUAUGGUUUUCUCCGUAAGCCAAGCCGAAGCGAUCGCUCUGCUUGUUCACCAUCACUGGAGUGUUGGUAAAAUCGAAGAUGGAUGGUUUACGGAUGAAGAGAGAGUCCGCAAGAUGGUUGGCAUAUUGAAGGAGCCUGUCGUUGACGUCCUUAGUGAUAGAGAAGUAAGUGUCGUUGACCUGCUUAGUGGUAGAGAAGUACGUAUUGUCGAAUGUGGAGUUUGCUUUGAGUCGUAUGUUAAAACGGAGGCGGAAACGGCAGCGGCUUCUUGUGGUCAUCCUUAUUGCAAUACGUGUUGGACCGGUUACAUCACUGCGAAAGUCAACGAUGGUGCGGGAUGUCUGAUGGUUAAGUGUCCUGAGCCUUCUUGUUCUGCUGUGGUUGGUCAAGAUAUGAUCUAUAAGUUUGUAUCCAAGGAAGAAGACAAGGAGAAGUAUGAUAGAUACUUGUUGAGGUCUUACGUCGAAGCUAGCGAGAAAAGGACAAAGUGGUGUCCAUCACCGGGAUGCGAACACGCGAUCUUUCUUAAAAGUGAAAGUGAAAAGUACGAUGUUUCUUGUUUGUGUACUUGUGAGUUUUGCUGGAAUUGUAGCCAAGAUGCUCACCGGCCUGUGGAUUGCGAGACGGUGUCUAAAUGGAUACGCAAGAACACUGAUGAGUCGGAGAACACAAACUGGAUACUUGCGAACACAAAGCCUUGCCCUAAGUGCAACCGCCAGAUCGAGAAGAAUCAGGGAUGUAACCAUAUGACAUGCUCAGCGCCUUGUAGAUUUGAGUUUUGUUGGCUUUGUCUUAGUCCAUAUAACAAGCACGUGGGUUGCAACAGGUUUGAGGGUAGUGCGAGUGAGUUGAAGAGAGAAAGGGCGAAACAAGCGAUCGAUAGGUACAUGCAUUAUUUCGAAAGAUGGGUAAGCAAUCAAAAUGCGAGGCUAAGGUCUAUGGCAGAUUUUGAGCAAUUGCAAUCGGUGCAGCUCGAGCAGCUUAGUGACAUACAACGCAAACCAGUAACUGAGCUCAAAUUCAUGGUAGACGCUUGGCUUCAGAUCAUCGAGUGUAGAAGGGUCUUGAAAUGGACAUAUGCAUAUGGAUACUACCUUCAUGAGCAGGAACCAGCCAAGAAAGAUUUUUUCUCGUAUUUGCAGAGUGAGGCUGAGACUGGUUUGGAGAGGCUUCAUCAUUGUGCAGAGUUCGAUUUGAAACCGUUUCUCACCGGAGUUGAAGAAGAAGGCCCGCCAAAAGCUUUCGAACAAUUCAAGCAAAAAAUAAUGAUUUUGACUAAAGUAACCAAGACCUACUUCGACAAUCUGGUGAAAGCUUUGGAGAAUGGUCUUGUUGAUGUUGAACAUGACUGGACAAGAGACUUUGUAUAUUCUACCAAAAGACAAAAGUUUGUGCUGAAAGGAGAUUGGUAA